GUUCCUCUCUUCCACCACGGCCACCCUCACCACCAUAUCUAUCCACACACAGAGAUAAACCCUCAUACGAAGAACAAUUCUGUUAUUGGAAAACCGCAGAAGCUUUUCUAGCAAUAUAGCUAGCUCGUGAUUGCUUUGAGAGUUGCAGGGGUCAAGAAAGAAAAGCAACUUUGCACCCAAUACAUUGACAGAGCAAGCAUAUGGAAGAGUACCCUCCAUUGAUCAAAGCUCAUGAUGAAUCCAAAGCAACAGUGCUUUCCCCAAACUAACAUUUUCCUCAGCGAAAACUUCCAAAACCCAAAAGAAAAGAAAGUUUCUUUUGCUUUCUAGAAGUGUUAAUUUGCUUUCCCCUUUCUUCUCUAAAUCAGGAAGAGUACUGCUUGAUCUGUUAGAGAACGAGAAUAGAAAUCAAGAAGAUGGGUUGCUGUUAUUCUAGAUUAGAGAGAGAAGAAAUGGUUUCCAGAUGCAAGGCAAGAAAGGGGUACAUGAAGCAGUUGGUUAAUGCUAGGCAAGCUGUCUCUGCGUCACACACAAUGUACCUUCGUUCAUUGCGUGCCACUGGUUCAGCGCUUCUUCAGUUCUCCAAUACAGAAGCCAAUCUCCACAUCCAUCACCACCGCCGCCACCAUCUCCCAGCUGUCUUACCCUCACCACCUCCUUUACCACCCCCACCUUCACCACCUCCUCCCCCAAUGAGCCCCAGCUCCUACACAUGGACGUCCAUAACCGCCUCUCCGGCUCUCCCCCCUCCUCCUCCACCACCGCCACCUCAGUCUUCAAGCUGGGACUUCUGGGAUCCUUUCGUACCUCCGCCUCCUGUGACGUCACGGUCAGUAACUGAGGAGGAGUGGGAAGAGGUGACGACCACGAUGGUGUCUGAAGUGGCCGUCACGGCGACAAGGACGGCGGCCAGCCUAACAGCCCCGCCAUCGGUAAUGAGUGGGUUCUCGAAGGAGACAGGUAGUGGGAGCGGGAGUGAGCUUGCCAUGGUGGUUGCGAGGAAUAGCAAGGAUCUGGUGAAGAUAGUGAAGGAAGUUGAUGAUUAUUUUCUCAAGGCUGCUGAUGCUGGUAGACAGCUUUCUUUGCUUUUAGAAGUUCCAAACCCUAACUUUUCCAGUCAAAACAAAGGAGGAAAAGUUUAUGACCAUGGCUGCAAUUUGACAAGUCCUUCAUUAUGGACAUGGGGUUCAAGUCCAAAAAUGAAUGGGUUUGGGAAGAUGGGAGAGGAAAUUGUUGGAAGUACUGUAGGAAUUAGCCACUGUUCUACUGUAGAGAGGUUGUAUGCCUGGGAGAAGAAAUUAUUCCAGGAGGUCAAGAAUGCUGAGAGUAUAAAGAUUGACCAUGAGAAGAAGGUGGCGUUACUGAGAAAGCUAGAGAUGAAGAGGGCUGACUAUUUAAAGACUGAGAUGACAAAGAAAAAAGUGGAAAAAUUGGAGUCACAAAUGAUGGUUGCUACCCAGGCCAUUGAGACUACCUCCGCUGAAAUCGUAAAAUUAAGGGAGUCAGAGCUCUACCCUCAACUUCUUGAGCUUGUAAAAGGAUUGAUGUGCAUGUGGAGAAGCAUGUACGAGGCUCAUCAGGUCCAAAUGCACAUAGCUCAGCAGCUCAAAUACCUCAACACCAUCCCAUCUACUGAAGCCACGUCUGAGAUUCACAAGCAAUCCACUCUCCAGCUCGAACUUGAAGUGCAGCAAUGGCACCAGUCCUUCUGCAACCUAGUGAAGGCACAGCGGGAUUACAUCCAGUCCCUCACGGGCUGGCUCCGGCUUAGUCUUUUCCAGUUCAGCACAAACCCACUUUCCAGAACCAACCAGGAAUCUCUUAUUUACUCUCUCUGCGAAGAAUGGCAUCAUGCAGUUGAUCGGAUUCCAGACAAGGUGGCAUCUGAAGGAAUUAAAAGCUUUUUAACAGUUAUUCAUGCCAUAGUUGUUCAACAAGCAGAAGAGCAUAAGCAAAAGAAGAGGUCAGAUACAGCAUUCAAGGAGUUUGAGAAGAAGGUAGCUGAGCUUAGAGCACUGGAAAGCAAGUAUGGCCCGUACUCAAUGCCUGAAACAACUGGCAACACAAGAAGGAAGGUUCCAGUUGUAGAGAAGCGAGCUAAGGUUGAGAUUUUAAGAGCAAAAGCAGAGGAGGAGAAAACUAAGCAUGAAAAAUCAGUGAGUAUAACGAGAGCAAUGACAGUGAACAAUCUGCAAAUGGGAUUCCCACAUGUCUUUCAAGCGAUGGUGGGAUUUUCAAGUGUAUGUAUGCAUGCAUUUGAGUCUGUAUAGAACCAAGCAAAAAAUACCGAAAAGGGAAAUGACGUAAAGAGAAUAUUACCUUGAGAAGAGAUCUAGAUUUAGGCUGAAAGAGGAGUAUUCAUAAUUGGUUUUCUGUAUAUAGAUAUGCAUCCCAUUCUGUAUCUGGAUUGAAUGAAUCAUGGAGAAGUGUUGCUGGAACCUCCUAGGUUCAAUUUGUUGGAAACUCAUGUUGGCAUCGGUAACUGUAGUUGACCAGAUGGAGCACAUAGAAGAACUGGUAGUGCUUUGGUAGGGUGUGCUAGUGGAGACCUGGGUGUGCCAUGGAGCUAGAAGUUUUGCUUUGGGGUUUUUAUCGUACCAGUGUUCUAUCAUAGGAAAGUUAGUGAAUGGUUUUGAAUUUUGUUUUGCUUUGAGAGUACGAGUUCACUGUUUUUAUUUUAUUUUAUUUUAUUUUGAGUUUUGAAAGGGUGAGUUGCUUCUUGAAUGCGGAUUACUUUGGCUACUUUCGUCUCUAUUCUCUACUGUAUGAGGGGGGAGAAGGAAAUUUUCGAUGCUUGAACUGUUGCCUCUGAUAUUUACAAAUUUCAGUUGUGAGAA